AUGCCAACAGAUCACGAGGAGCCCUGUGGCCCCAGUCUCAGGUCAUUUUGCCUGAAUGGGGGGAUUUGUUAUGUGAUACCUACUAUUCCCAGCCCAUUCUGUAGGUGCAUUGAGAAUUAUACGGGAGCUCGUUGCGAAGAGGUUUUUCUCCCCAGUGCCAGCAUCCAAAGCAAAAGUAACCUGUCGGCGGCUCUCGUGGCCCUGGCGAUCCUGGUCACGCUCACCAUCACAGCACUCUACUUUCUGUGCAGGAAGGGACACCUUCAGAGGGCCAGUUCAGCCCAGUGUGAGAUCAGCCUGGUGGAGAGAACCAAUCCCAGUGCCCACCACAGGAGUGGAAAUCACCCAAAAGUCGAGCUGUACCUGUAAAGUCGUAGCUGUACAAGCAUGGCACAUGUACACAUGCUGUCACAUGACCAAAGUCAGCUGUGCUGUGUGGUAGAAGUUUCAGAAUGCCCUGUGUGCGUUUACCUUUGUAUUAAGGUUAGGUAAGUGAGUUCUUAAGGGUUGGGGUUGGGGUGAGUAAUCACAGCAGAUAGCCCUGAAAAGUA